CGCGAAUUGAUACCUGACUGCGGGGGCGGGGUACACUUACGUCAAACCGUCUGCGACAAAGCCGAACAUGGUCGCAGUUGUUGGGGUAUCUUCUUGAGAUGUCGGUGUUUAGGUGAUAGAUGCAGGCCUGAGACUUGCAGGUAGCGAAAGCUCAAGCCUCACGGAUACGCGGGCGGAGGUGUGGAGUGGCUCAGCCAGAUGAUCCAUGGGAUGUACGUCAGUCGGUCAAGAGCGGCGCGCUAUCCGCUUUCGGUCCUUUGAAAUAUGUCUCAAGACACCGGACUCGUGCAAACUCAGAUCCUAGUGGUUGUGCAAUACUUAGGCAUCAUCCAGGUGAUGUUCACUGUCGCGACUUUCUCGAACCCGCGUUGCGAACGCGUACUGAUCGGACAACGCCUGAGCAGCACCAACCACCACCACCACUACCACCAACAACACAUCAACUUUCCGAAUUGGUCCCUCACUUGGUGGCUCCGAAUCGUCCCAACAUCAUCACGGCCCCUUCUCAUACCAAAUUGCGCAGACAUGGAAUUUGAUUCUAUUCCGAUCUAUAUCGCAAAGCAUGUAGCCAGCGACUGUUUCUCUCGUCUCGUUAUGAAAUUGCGUUUGAGGCCCCACUGCGUCUGUCUUGUCUCCAUAGCGCCUAUGUCCGAUACUUCUACCGCGUCUACGGCACUGAUCUUGCAACUAUCCGAUAUGAUACGAUGCAGAAAACUCCAAGACGCUUCUUAUGCUGCCAUGGCUGCCAAGAGACCGCUUAUCAUUACCAGGAGCUCGACAACAGCUAACCACCCCGCAUUUGCAGCCGUUGUCGCCGUUGACAUCAUCCCGCUUUUGUCCGUGCAGUGGGGGAAAGCAACUAUCGUGAACAUAAAUCUGCGGCACAGGUUACGUAAAUCAGCUAUCUUCUUUCGAGUACCAAACCAGCUUUCUUGGCGGGCAACGAGUUCCUUGGCUUAUGCUUGUAGUUCGUCGAUCUUCACUGACAGUCCAGUGAAACAGUCUCGAAUGCAUUUCAUAGAGGUAGCUCCUCUUGGCUCCAACUAGAAAACGGUGUUUUGCCUACCGAGGAGUGAUGUACCAAAUGCCGAGCGACGUAUGCCAACUAUUAAGGAUCAAAUCUUGCAUCCAACCCUGUCGUUCGAGAAGUUGAGGCAAUGCGGGUUAUGAUUAGAGCGGAA